AUGUACAGCCAGCAGGCUUACCCCACCUUUGGCCUGAUGCAGGAAGGGUUUGGGGGUUACCCUCACCAUUCUCAAGCUUUCUUUUUUUCUGCAGCCAAGUCUGACAAUGGAGAUCUGGGGGAUCAUCAUCCAGCUCAAGUCAUGGCAUGGAACCCCCCUCAGCUGGAGACCCCCAGUCACCUGGCUCUUCAUGGACACCCACAUCACCUAAGGGAGGAGACCCCCUGUAAUGUGGAGAAGGUUAAAGUGAAGGAGGAAGAGGAGGAGAAUGCUGAGAACAAAUGCCCCAGCCUUCUGCCCGCUGCGCAGUACUACCCCCAUUACUGGAGUAACUCCUUUUGGGCAGGGAAUCCUAACCCCACCAACAACCCCCAGAAGAGCGUCAGCGUCCCUGGCUCCAGUGUGUACCCGGCUGCGGCCAGCCAGAGCCCCAACACCCCAGGAGAACCUGCGGCUUCCAACAUGGAGAGUAGCCGGUGCAGCAGCGCCUCCACCCAGGAGGUGGCCAAGGAGGGUGAAGCAGCGGUGAACCUGACGGUGUCCAGCCCCGGGCCUCGGGAUGAAAUGCUGUCCAGUGAUGGGGAGGACGUGCUGGAGAUGCCCAGCGAGAUGGAGAUGGAGCAGUUUGCCCGAGACAUGAAGCAGAAGCGAGUGUCCAUGGGCUUCACGCAGGCGGACGUCGGCUACGCCCUGGGCGUCUUGUACGGGAAGAUGUUCAGUCAGACGACCAUCUGUAGGUUUGAGUCCCUCCAGCUGAGCUUCAAGAACAUGUGCCAGCUGAAGCCCCUGCUGCAACGGUGGCUGGACGAGGCCGAGAACAAUGACAACCUUCAGGAGAUGAUCAAUCGGGAGCAGGUCUUGGCCCAGUCCAGAAAGAGGAAGCGGAGAACAAAUAUUGAGAACAUGGUGAAGGACAGCCUGGAGACCUACUUCAUGAAGAACCCCAAGCCUGGCGCUCAGGAGAUGGCGCAGAUAGCACGAGAGCUGCACAUGGAGAAAGACGUCGUUCGGGUUUGGUUCUGCAACCGCCGACAAAAAGACAAGAGGCAGAUCCCGGGCAAGGGCCACAAUGGAGAAGUGUAUGACGUGCAGCACAUGGUCCACCCUCACAUGGGAGCCUUCGCUCUGCCCCAGGAUAUGACGCCCCAGGGUUAUAUGGGAUCCACAGCAUCGCUCUACUCCAAUCCCGCAUUCAGUCACAAGAACGAUAUGUUCUCACAGCCCAUGCCCCAUGGGAUGCCACUCGGAAACCAGAUCUGUCGGGAAUAG